UGCGACAGGUCGUAUGACAGAUAUGUAGAUAUCAAUAAGAUAGCGUUGUUUACUACAAAUUCUGUGGUGACUUUAUGUUCUGGUAGAUUCCUUGUUAAGUUAACACAUGCCAUGGAGAUCAGAAGGAAGCUCAUUGAUCUUGAUGAGAGAGCAGUGACACUUAAUAAAGAAGGUAAUUUUGGUGAGGCAGUUAAAGUUCUAGAACAAGCCAAACAAAUGGCUGAAGAGAAUUUAGACACAAAAGACGAAAUGAGACUGGGAGCUAUUCGUUAUCUGGGGGAGACAUACAUUAGUAAUGGAGAAUAUAUGAAAGGACAAGCUCUUCUUGAAGACAUUCUAUCAGUUCAGAGACAAGAGACACCUAAUGUCUUAUUAGCUACCAUCUUGUGUGCUCUGGGUAGAUGUUACCACUAUCAAAACAAAUCCAUGGAUGCCACACGAUUGCUAGCAGAGAGCUUGUCAAUAUAUCAGAAAUACGUCUCAGCUAAUGAUGCUCGUGUGACAAGUAAUAUGAAACCAAAGCUGAGCAUAUCAAUGAUGACAAAGUACUGUCCUGAUGGAGACCAGUCUGAAUCGUCACCACCUCGUGGACGCCUCGGAGAUGCUGGUGGUGGACAAGUCUCAGAUGGUGGAGUGCUGACAGAUGCUGCAGCACGAUGA